AUGUAUGCGAGUUUACGAGCUGUUACGCGCUCCCUAACUCUCAAAUCUGGUCAUUCGUUGCGUGUAUACACCAGAAGCAUCGGUACCUUGAACACACCAAACAUCUCCACUGAAUCGGCACUUGCCCCAAAUUCAGCCAACGAGGAGAGCAGUUCUGAACCUCAAGAUGAACUAUCAGUUUUGCGCCAAAGAGAAUACAAUGAUCAAGUCAAGGAAAUCUUGAGAAAGUUUUCCAAAACAAAUACUGAUGAGAUUCCUGACUUUCAAAAAUCUCUUAGCAAAGAGUUGAGAGUGAAAGAGAAGCAACUAGAUGAAGAGCUCACCUCUUUUCUGAGACAAUUUUCUCAGCUAAAUAAGGUAGUUGAGCCCAAACUGGAAAACGAGGAAACCCACAAACAAUCCUUUCAAUCCCGCACAAAGUCUUUUCCUUUCCUUGUGCCUUCUCCAAAAGAUAAGCCUUAUUCUGAGCAGGAAUUAUAUCUGCGUCAGAUGAAGCACGCUGAUAAAACUGCCAAGCUAGGUGCUACGCUGGAAAAUGUGUAUUUUCCUCAUAAAGAUAUUUUCAAUCCACCAACUGUCGAUCAACUCUCCAUCUCUAAGCUACUCGCUGCUGGUGUUCAUUUAGGCCAGUCAACCUCCUUGUGGAGAUCCAGUACCCAACCUUUCAUUUAUGGUGAGUAUAAGGGCAUUCAUGUGAUCGAUCUUAAUAAAACUUUGGCUUGCUUAAAAAGAGCUGCAGCCGUCGUGCAAGGUAUAGCAGAGGCGGGCGGUACGAUCCUUUUUCUCGGGACCAGAGAAGGACAAAAAAGAGCCCUUCAAGCGGCUGCAAAGAGAACUCACGGGUUUUAUGUGUCCACCAGAUGGAUACCCGGCACGCUAACCAAUCCAACCGAAAUUUCCAGUGUGUGGGAAAGACAUGAGGUCAACUUUGCUGACAUUCCAACCAACCGGCAGCUUACUGCUGACGAAGAGGCCGGGAUCGUCAAACCCGACCUAUUGGUUAUUCUAAAUCCGACAGAGAACAGAAACGCAUUAAAUGAAGCUAUGCAGGCCAGAAUUCCUACCAUUGGCAUAAUCGAUACAGACUCAGAACCAUCCUUGGUGACCUACCCAGUCCCGGGUAAUGAUGACUCCCUACGAUCGGUAAAUCUAAUUUUGAGCGUUUUGGCCAAAGCCGGACAAAAUGGUCUUGAAGCGCGCUUGGCUAAAGUGACCUCACAGUAA